CGAGACGGUCUAGAGACGGUGCAGCAGCCCGCAGCCCCAGCCAGGGAGUCCCCGCCGCUUUCAAUGGAGGAGAAGCCCGGCCAGCCCCAGCCUCAGCCCCCGCCGCCGCCGCAGUCCCAGCAGCCGCCCCAGCACAGCAGCAGCAGCCACAGCCUCCACCACCACCCGCACCACCACCACCCCCAGCAGCAGCCCCAGCAGCAGCAGCCGCCGGCCCAGGCAGCCCCGGUGCCGCCGCCGCACCACCACCACCACCACCAUUAUUACUACUACAACCACAACCACCACCACCACCACCAGCACCACCAGCAGCCGCACCAGUACCUGCAGCAUGGGCCCGACGGCAGCAGCCCCAAGGCCCAGGCCAAGCCGCUGAGACAUGAGCCCAAGCACGCCCUCCCGCCGCACCAGGAAGCGCCCAAGAAGAAAACAGGCUAUGGUGAACUAAAUGGUAAUGCUGGAGAAAGAGAAAUAUUAAAGAGCUUAGGCUCUGAUGAAGCCACCAACCCCAUUUCAAGGGUACUCAAUGGCAACCAGCAAGCUAUAGACACUAAUUUAAAUCCGAAACAGACUGUGAAAGCCAGUACCUUUGGGAAAGCAGGAAUUAAAACCAAGAAUUUCAUUCAGAAAAACAGUAUGGACAAAAAGAAUGAGAAAUCUUAUGAAAAUAAGCCCAGAGACAACCAAUCUGUAGACAAGGCUGAUGCAGUAUCUAUUCCAAAUGGUGUUGUAACAAAUAAUUCUGGUUAUAUCGCUAAUGGCUACGUAGGCAGAGGGGCCGACAACGAUGGCAGUGGCUCUGAGAGUGGCUACACCACCCCUAAGAAACGGAAGGCCCGGCGCAACAGUGCCAAGGGCUGCGAGAACCUGAAUUUAGUGCAGGAUAAAAUAAUGCAGCCUGAGUCCAACACCCCGAACUUCAAGCAGGGACUUGACAGUUUCAAACCUGAUUAUAGUGAACAAAAGGGAAACCGAGGGGACGGCUCUAAGCCCAUUUGGAAGUAUGAAGCUGGGCCUGGAGGAGCUGGUCGUGGGAAGCCUGGAGUCGGGGACGUGCAGCGGAAAAACUCCGAUGCCAAACCUGGUGGGAGCAGCAAAAAGUUUGACGAUCGACCCAAAAUCAAGCAUGCGACAGCCGUCGCCUCCAAAGAGGACUCGUGGACCCUAUUUAAGCCUCCCCCAGUUUUUCCAGUGGACAAUAGCAGUGCUAAGAUUGUUCCUAAAAUAAGUUAUGCGAGCAAAGUUAAAGAAAACCUCAACAAAGCAGUUCAGAGCCCGUCAGUGUCUCCCUUGUCGUUGUCAUCAUCUUCGCCGUCUGCGGGGGAGACUCAGGCCCAGACCUCAAGUCGACUGUCCCAAGUCCCCAUGUCUGCUAUGAAGUCAGUUACUUCUGCCAGCUUUUCUAAUGGUCCUGUUUUGGCAGGGACUGAGGGAAGUCUGUAUUCUCCAGGGAAUCAGCCACUGCUCACCACUGCUGCUAGUACUGUAACCCCCACCCCUUCUGGGACAGAGGCCAUCCUCCAGGACAUGAGCAUAACUUCCACAGCCGUUGAACAAAUGAAGCCGAGCCUUUUUAUCUACCCUUCAAAUAUGCAAACUGUCCUUUUGGGUGCGGCACAGGUGGAUCUGCCCUCUCAGACAGAUCAGCAAAACCUGGGAGAUAUCUUCCAGAAUCAGUGGGGUUUAUCGUUUAUAAAUGAGCCCAGCGCUGGUCCCGAGACUGUUAUUGGGAAGGCAACAGAUCACAAAGUGAUGGAAGUGACAUUUCAAGGGGAAUAUCCUGCCACUUUGGUUUCACAGGGUGCUGAAAUAAUUCCCUCAGGAACUGAACAUCCUGUGUUUCCCAAGGCUUAUGAGCUGGAUAAGCGGACUAGUCCUCAAGUUCUGGGUGGCAUUCUAAGGCCUGGGACUGCCGGUGAGGGUGGAGCCUUAACCUUGGAGCCUGGUCUCACUGGGGACUUGCACAAAGCAGACAUGAGUAGUCAAGGUGCUCUAGUGUUUCUCUCAAAGGACUACGAGAUAGAAAAUCCUCUGGCCUCUCCUACGAACACUUUGUUAGCCUCCGCCAAAGAACAGAGGUACCAGAGAGGCCUAGAAAGGAAAGAUAGCUGGGGUUCUUUUGACCUGAGGGCUGCUAUUGUAUAUCACACUAAAGAAAUGGAAUCUAUUUGGAAUUUGCAGAAGCAAGAUCCCCAAAGGAUAAUCACUUAUGACGAAGCCAUGGAUAGUCCAGAUCAAUGAAGGCAGCAGGACAGACAGACAGACAGCAGGACAGGCUGCCUGUUUGUCACCUUUCUGCAGCAUUAGAGCCACUCAUGGGGGACACGAGGCUUUGAUGCUCCUUCUAGAUCUUCAGUGCAGCAGAGGAACCAUAAGUAGAAUCACAGGAUAAUAUAUACAAAUAUAUAUAUAGUUAUUUAAAAAAAAAAAGAGGCAACUGAAAGUAAUUAGACUUCUUAAGGAAUCAGAAAAUUUAUUUCAAGAGACUACACAUGGUUAUUUAAUCUCCGGUACUGAGUAGAUUUUUUUUUCUUUUUGUUAGUUUUUGUUUUGUUUUAAAGAGUGAAUGCAAGUGAUUAAUGAAUACAGACUCAAUACACAAGUGUGGUUCCAAAGUUCCUGCUGUCAUCAACUUGGGCAACAAAUGACCCACUGGAGAGGCAAUUCCGCUUUUAAAGGUCUCGGUUUCUUGUUCUGUGACUAGGGAUUCGCUAAUCACGGAACCCAGAAUGAUUCAACAUUUUCCCCCACUCGUUCAGUCUUUUUGUUUUACUUUGAACCCUACAAGAAUGCUGGAUAGAAAUGCCUUGAAGUUUGCAGGGUUGCCUUUUCCAGGAUACAGUUUGCAUGUCUUGCCCGGAGUAAAACAGCCUGUGGGGUGCUGGGGAAAUUGUCAUCUUUGGGGGGUGGGAGGGGGAUGGAAACCCUGCAAUUCUGGAAUAAUAGGUGGUGCACAGUUGACUUGGCUUCAGUGACACAUUGGACUUUUACGACUGAAGAAUUCAUAGGAGUGUCAUUUUAAGACAAGUUACAGAACACGCAAUUGGUUUAGUCAUUUAACAUACAAAAAGACUGUUCCCACAUUUUUAUCUAACUGUAAGUGGGAGCAAAAAUAUACCCUGCUUUUCAACUGUAGGUGCUCCAGACUUGCUCUGUCUAACACUAAAUGUGCUGGGGGUUUUCCUUGUUUUUCAUCACAAAUCUGAAGAAAAAUAUGUUUAUGUUCCUUUUCUGCAUACUCCUUACCCCUUAAUUUUUUUUUCUUAAGUCAUUUUAAAAAAGAAAAGAAAAAGGGAAAAAAAGCCUGUGAGAACUAAAAUGUUUCCGUGUUUGUUUCUAGCCAGUGGGGACGAUAUAAACGCUGCCCCUGAAAGGUACCCUUUUCUAUUUUCCUGCAAUCUGUGUUCUUCUGAGCUAUUUGCUUCUAAUUAUCUCUCUAUUAAAUAUAUUUUAUUACUAGAGCAAACUUUUUUAAAGGAAUGGAAUGUGAAAAUCUGGGAAGACCUUUAUGUCAGAGAGAGCAUAAGCCUUGGCUCCCCCUCACAGCCAUCCUGUGCACUGCAGCUUGUGUGUAGCACGCUAAAACGGUUUUUGCUUUUUUUGUUUUUGCCUAGGUGGGGGGAGGGGGGGAUGCAAAAAUCAAGGGUCCAAUAUAAGAUCAGCCAGAUGUUAGUGGCAAAAUAAAUUCUCUGACCUGUUGAACCAUCACAGGUACUAGAAUUUAAAAAAAAAAAAGCACCCACACUUAAAAUACAGCUUAAAUAGCUGGGCAUUUAGAUGGAAAGGUAUUUUCUAAUAAGAUUAGAUGGGAUCCUAUGGGGCAUUAGGGGAUAAAGUAACUUGUCUUGCCGAACCCCUUUUGUUUAGGUGUGUCCAAUAUUUGGAGAUUGUAGCAUUGAUGGGUUGUCUGGUUUUGUUAAUUAUUUAAGGCUUUCAUUAAGGUAGUUCCUAAAAGAAGCUGUUGGAUUCAACAUAGGAUAGAGAAACUAAAUAUCUUUAAAAGUCUGCUGGUUUCUGCCCUGCUUAGAUUUUAAAAGUAUAAGCAUGGAUUGCCAACUCCAUUUUAUGUAAACAAGCUUUUUAUACAUAAUAUAUAUAUUAAAAAAAAAUAACUUAUUGUAUCAGUCCAGGUUCAGAAACUUGUGGUUGGCCAGUUCCAGAAUAGUUUCAUUUCACCUGUAAACUGUAUCACCUUUACAAAUGUUGUAAUUUUCAAAUGUAUAAUAUGUUUACAGAUGUGCCCUGCAUCUAGUCUGCCUGUGUUCCUAUUUUAAUUCUGUUGAGUCUCCUGCCUGCUUGCCAAAAGCUAGGAUGUCUCAGGCUCUCAUACAACUCUGAGCAGAGGCAUCCGUGAGCUUUAAAGCAUUGAACAAACUGGAAAAUGCAGCAUAAUACUGAGGUUGGAAGAAGUCUGUGUUUGUGUUUUUUUUUUUUUAAAUAAAAUUUUUUAAAAGUUAAAAAAAAAGUCAAAACAUUAUAAGAUUGCUUUAAAAAAAAAAAAGGCUCCAGUUUGUUUUACUGGUUUUAAAGUUCUGCUGUGUGUUCAAUUGCCUUGUGUAACCACUUGCCGCCUUAGGGCCAGAUUCCAUUUUUUUUUUCCUCUCCCAAGUCUGUUUUGCUCACCUUUGAUUUUCAAGUCUUAUGGCCCAUCACGCCCUGUCCCCGUCCCAUCCCCCAGCAGCUUUUCUGGGGUUAGUGAGGUUCAGAAGUUGAAUGAAAAUUUUCUCUAUACACAUUGUUGUUUAAGAAACAAAAUUAACCAACCAAACUUAAAUCUGACCUUCCGUAUGUAGAAGCAAAACUUAGUGAGUAUUGAGGAAACACUACUUAGCCUAAGGACUUUCAAAUAAAUUGUCAAAAGAUAAUAAGCAAACUACGUUGGCACCUGUCUUCCUUGCUUCCUCCCUGGGCCCCCUACACCUUAGGGAAGGGGCAAGGAUCGGCCUGCCUUCCCUUUUCCUCUGCACGGAUGGUGGAGAGCUGUACUCGUAGACUGAACAUUUCACUUUUUUUCCAUUGAAUUUUAGCUGGAUCAUAUGGUUAGAUUUCUGUAGUUAGAAACUUUUGUCUUUCUGGGAACCCUAAUGCCCCUACCACAUUAAGUCAGUAUUUCUGGGCAUUGGGUUAAUGGACAUUUUUGCUGAGGGACAAGCAGGAUAUUGGGAUAAACCUCCUUCGUGCCGGUUUUGUAACACUUAACUCUCUACUUGUCUGAAAAGUUUCUCCUUAGGUCCUCACACAAUUCCUUCCAGAGCACUUAUUAAAAAAAAAAAAUCUUAAGAGUUAAUCUGUUUUCUGAUUAUUUUGUGUAAACUUUAAACUCAGCUGUGAUUAAUUUAGCACAUUUAAAUAAUGAUGUGUUACUGUUGGGUAUAAUGAAUUUUCCUUCUACUCAGAGUAUUAGUACUGUAGCAUAAAACCAAAUACAGUCUGAGGGAUUACAGUAUCCCUACAUUCUAAAGACUGAAAAUAGUGUGUUUGUGUGCGUGUGUGUGCCGCAUGUGAGGAGGAGGGAAAUGACAGUGAAGGCUUGGAAGUAAAAGAAUGUGUGUAAAGCAUUAGUAUUCAGAGAACAAACUUGUAUUUAUUUUGUGCCAUUUGUUUUCAUUAUACAGAGCAAAGUCAGGUGGUUUUAAUCUUUUAAAAAAAUAAGGUAGUAUUUGAAAUAUGGCACUAAGAAUGAGCUCAUGACCUAUUUUUUUAAUAGCAAUGAAGAUACUAAUUAAGGGUGAAGAAUUCUUUAAAAAUCUGUCUUGAUCGUAGGCUCCUAUGUCACAUGCCACUUUCCUCUAAGAGUCUUGAGUAAAUUCCUUCCCCCAUCCCCCUUAAAGACAGGGUGUGUUUGUCUUUGCUUCCUCUUCCACUUCAGCCUGCUGAAGUUAAUCACAUGGCUAGAGUCUCGCUUUCUGCUUUAACAAGUGACAGGUUUCAUAGAAGGGAUGUUGGGAUGUUUGGUACGUCAGCUUGUUCUUUCUUUUCCAGGAAGGAAUGCCGGGCAAGGUAACUGCCUUGUGGAUCUUGUCUUUCUGUAAAAUAGCCUAAGAGCUGUUACCUCUUUUCUGUCGUAGAGCUUUGGGGGCUUAGCUAGUCACUGCUCACUGAGAAUCUGCAAAAUCUUAAUCUUUUUGUAAGAGCUGCCAUUUAAAAAAAAAAUUUGCAUGGAGUGAUAGACACAAGUAACCUCCAUGAAGUUCCAGGGGGAAAGGGCCGAGGCAGGCUCAUGGUUCAGCUGUCGUAGCUGCUGCUAUCCCACAUGAAAUUAUCCAGCAGCUUCUCUUAUUUUAAUUGCUGUGAACUUAAAAAAAGACUUCAGAAAAGGCAUUUGGUGUGAAAUUAUUACAGUGUACACACUGAAUGUCCCGAUGGGGGAACUUGGAGAUAAGACUCUGGACUGAUUAGCCACAGCUAAAUGUGGGGUGGGGAUGGGGUUCCUCUUUAGCCCCUCCAACCUCAUGUUCUUCAAAGAGGAGAGCUGGCUUCUACAGAGAAUCUCGGGUUGGACCACUUGUCCGUUUCCCCAGACCACACAAGUGUACCUUCACAGUAAACAGCUGCUAAAGAGAGAGCUUUAUUCCCGUAUGUAAGACAGAGCUGUUACCGCCAGUGCAGUUGAAGGAUGAUGUAUUUGGCUGACAGGUUUUUUGGAAGGGAGGGCAGGGUAUCAUCAGGUCAGACUGAGAAUGCCACUCAAGUAGGGACAAAGGUCUUUAAUCUUGUCCUCUGUGCAGUUUUUCCAUUUAAUUUGGGGAAGAAUGUUUUACCUCUGGGUAUUUUAGGAGCUCUUUAAGAGGGAAAAGUAGGAAGCAAAGCUGGAAGCACAAACGGCCCAGGCAAACCACACUAGCGCCCUAAUCCUUGAAGCCAAGGUUACUAAAUGCUGAGGGAAGCGCCAGGAUUGUUUUCAGGUAUGGGGAGCCGUUUUUGUGCAUUGUCCAUAAAUAGGUGAGUCUGUGCAAAUUGUGAGAAGCAUGAACCUGGACUGAAGAUCUAAUGAGCAAAGUGACUCUGCUCAUGCCCUGCAUUAACUGAGCUUUGUGAUUAGAGUUUGCACAACAAUGUCACCAUAGUACAGGUGGCUUACUCGCAGUCUUAAUGUCUGGACCUGGUAUAACAGCUGAAUUCCAGAGGCAGUGUAGAUAGAUGGCUAACCACUGGUGAGUCUAGUAGUAAAGCAAUUCCUUCUGCAUUCCUAGGAGCAUAUGGCUAAUAGGUGCUGGAAAUCCUUGGGGAAAAUCAGUCCCUGAGUGUUCUGGGAUCGGUGGAUCUAUAUUUCCUCUUUUACACUUCAUCCUAAAGCUUUGUUUAUGUUCAGAGUUCUAGAGCCAUUUUGUAACAUCGUAGUAUGUAUCCCUUUUCUACAGCCUUAUUAACAACAAUAGAAACUUCUAAAAAAAAAAAAGUCCCAUUUGCAUCUCUUUGGUAUGAAAAUUGUACAGGGCAAACAUACCAACCUUAAGCUGAUGUAAAAUUUGCAGUUUGCCGCUGAAACUGUUGGCUUUCCAUUACAGUCUUUCCUCAGGUGCUAAAUAAGGGUUCCAAAAGUGGAUACUGCUUUUAGGAAUUUCCGCUUUACUCAUGUCUCUUUUUUUUUUUUUUUUUUGGCUAGGUGUUGUAAAGAUUAAGUAUUUUAACAAAUGGUUUGUUUUAAUAUGUAAAUAAGAAUUAUGCCUUUUUAAUUUGACCCUCUGUCAAUAGUCUUUAUUGUUUAUUCUUUAUUGAGGAACCUCUCUUGACCUUGAAGACAUUUCAUUGUGUUGCUGCAUUUAAGAAUGGACUUAGAACUGUGUUCAUGUUGUCUUGGGUUAAAGCUCCUGCUGCUGCUAUGAGUGACUGAAAAUCAAGAAUGUGAUGCACUUUUUCCGUGAACAAUACGCCAUGAUUCUUCCUGGGUUGCUUAGGUCCCUUAUCUGCAGCACAGCCACUAACUCUUAAGAGUGACUAGGAAACUGUUGGAGAGGAGAGGAGAAAAGGGGGAACACAUCAGUGGAGGUGGCUUACCAUGAUACCCAUGAAGGACAAUGACUGGGCAACAGAAGCAGUAUGAGCCUGUUACUGUAAAGCUUUUUGGCCUUAAAAAAAAGUUCCUUUUCCACUAUCAAAAAUUAAUCCCUUUAUAGCUUUGUCCUUCUGUAUCAGGAGAUGGAGGCAGAAGGGGGGAAAUGACUUCUUAAAGUCAAAAAGGAUAUGUGACUUCCUGGAAAAGAACCUUGAACUCUGUUGCCCUGGGUGAAGACUUUCCUUAAUGUGAUGAAUAUAUAGAGGGGAAAUUGUCAUUUAAGUGCUGCUGUUAGCCAAUUAGACUUAAUAUCCCCAUAGUCUAUUUAAGAGAAAUGGACCCUUUUUGUUGGGGGGGGUGGGGAAGGCGAGGGAUGUUCAGAUUACCAGGUGAACCUGUAAUUGUGGUAGUCUUGGGGGAGAGGGUAGUGCAGGUGUUGUGCAAGGACAGUUCCCCCAAUACUGCAUCAUUCUAUAAUGAGUUUGCAAAAGAGGUAGUGAGUAAAUUCUUAAAAAGUAAAUGGAGACCGCAGGGAGAUUCAUUCCUAUACCAGAAAAUAUUGGCUCAUGAAGGGGUACUGGUAAUGCAUGCUUUUGUUUGUUUAGAGUCCAGACUGACUUCUAUUUUAUCUGUUGCCUUGGACCAAAGGUAAACCCAGGUAUAUACAGAUUAAGUGGGACUUGGCAAGAGGGAAGGGAAAAUUUUUAAGCGAAUAAGGGAUCUUAAAGGAAAUUGUUUAAGAAUACAGGGAAGAAAACACCAAAUAGGGUAAGAAAUCACUCCCUUUAUCCCUUCGAUGGAGAUAAGAGGAACGUGUAGCCUAGCCUUACCUAGUCAGAUUUUUGAGAACAAAAUUUAAAUUUUGCCCAUGGUAUGUAAAUACUACAGAAACAAAAAUCUGCCUGCUUAUUCAGUACAUUUUCUUUAGCCAGAGUUUUAUAUUUUUAUAUCAAUGUGCCUUGCAUGUGUAUUUUUUUAAGAAAAAAACUAGAUCUUUUAGUAGUUUCUGAGGUCCACGUUCUUGCCAUUUCAUGCCGAAAGAUGAGCUCACCCUUUGAUCUCUGUGGUUAUUCGUCCUGUCACAAACUGGAACUGCUUUAGAACUGGGGCAAUUUAUAUUUUACUCUUCAUGUGUUAGUGGCUGUUCUGUAGGUUGUGAGGAGAGCCCUCUCUUCCCGCUGCCUGCUGGCUUUCAGCACCUUCCUCGAGUCGUGUGACAGAUUUCUCGUGUUCCUUUUCCGUGUUCUCCCUGCCCCUUUGACUGAAGGGGUUCUAAAAUGCUUUGUCUGCGAAACCCUGGGAGGGAUGGAGCCAACUUUGCUCUGGCAUUCUGUGGGAGCUGCUAGAGGGCUAUAAGCUCCCUCCAAUUUAAAAGUUUUUGUUAAAAUACAGCACCUUGCUUAUUAUUAAAUAAAAACAAAAAAUAAAGAAAAAUGCUUGUCAGCAACCAUUGUCUGGAAAUGAUGAACUGUGCAAUUCUCCUUUGUUCCAUUUCUCAUCACGCCUCCAGACGCGCUCUCCCUAGUGUGACUUGUUAGUCUCUGUACCUGUGCUGGUGUGGAUGUAAACGCUUUGCUCGCAUUACUUCUUAGAAACGCAUUUUGCACACUCGGGUUUUGCUGAAGCUCCGUGAAAAGGUUAGUUCUAAGCAGAUGAAUAAAGCUAUGCACAUGUUUUGAAA